CAAAUACCCACUCAGGAACGCAAGAAACCUUCCCUGUUCCCCAAAGCACAAUGCGUCUCGCCGGAGUCGCCUCCGCCUCCGCCGUCCUCCUCCCUCUUCUCCUCGUUCUCGCCACGUCCCCGUCGUGCCAUGGCGCCUCAAGCCACAAUAUCACGGACAUCCUCGCGGCCCACCCGAACUUCACCGAGUUCAGCGCCGCCCUGACAAGCACCGGCGCCGCGGCGGAGAUCGACCGCCGCACUACCCUCACCGUCCUCGCCGUCGACAACGCCGUGAUGGCGCAGCUCAAGGCGCAGCAACUCCAGGCGAAGGACCUCGAGCACGUGAUCUACCUCCACGUCCUCUUGGACUACUUCGACGCCGCCAAGCUCGCUAGCAUCCGAGGCGGUUUCGCUGAGGAAACUAGCCUCUACCAGGCCACCGGCAAGGCGCAGGCAAAAGAAGGAAUGGUGAGCGUCACCGUGAUCCGUGGCGGGCGGGCGGCGUUCGCCCUUUCCGGUCCCUCGAACGCGCCGCCAGCCGCGCUCUACCUGAAAUCCAUCAAGGAAGCGCCCUACGACAUCGCCGUCCUGCAGGUGAGCGCCCCGAUCUGGUCUCCAGCGCCGGUGCCACCGCCGGCGGCGCCGCCGCCCGACGCGGCGCCGAGAUUAGCGGAUCUCCUGUCCAAGAACGGGUGCGGGGGCUUCGCCGGCCUCCUUGCCGCGUCGGAUGUUGCGGCCGCGACGUUCGAGCGCAGCGCCGGCGGGCUUACCGUCUUCUGCCCGGCCGACAAGGCGGUGUCGGCCUUCCUCCCCACCUUCAAGAACCUCAGCGCCGAGGACCAACUCGGGCUCCUGCUGUACCACGGCGUGCCGGCGCACUACUCCGCGCAGUCUCUCAAAGCGAUCAAUGGCGACGUGAACACGCUUGCCACUGACGGAUCCAAGGGCUACAAGUACAACCUCACCGUCCAUGCCGACGGGGACACGGUGAAACUGUCGUCGGCGUCCCCGAGCGCCGCCAAGGUGACCAAGACUCUGGUAGACAAGGCGCCCCUCGCCGUCUACCUCACCGACGCCGUGAUGCUGCCAAGGGAUCUGUUCGGCCAGGGCCGCACCGCGCCCGCUCCUGCGCCGGCCUCGUCGCCUGAACAUCCACCUCCAACUGCCAGUGCGCCGGCCUCGCCGCCUGCACAUGCACAUACUGCACCGCCAGCCCUGGCGCCGGUCGUGGCGCCGGCGAUUCCACCCACGCCCAGGCGACGCCCGGCGCCGUCACCAGAGGACACCCCUGCGGCUUCGCCGGACGCCGACGACAGACAGCCGCCUGCAGAUCAGAAGAACAACGGAGCGAGGGACGCGGCGACUUGGAGUCUUGGCAUGGUACUGGCCGCCGUAGUGCCGGUGAUCGUGCUGCUGCUGCUAUGGUGAAGGGUUAUGCAGAUUAGAUUUUAUCGAUUUGGGGUUCCCGUGACUAAUCAUGUCGCUUACCAGUGGAAACAAUGUUUUAUGGGCAUGUAUUGGCCAGAAUAAUAUGAACCUGAUUAUUGUGCCUGGUUA